CACAAAAGUGCAAAUAAAGAGAGAGAAAUAUAAUUCAAUACUAAUAAAUUAACACCAUAAAUAUAAACUUUGGUAUAUUUUACAUUUUUUUAUAGAAGUUUAUCGUUUUCUUUGUUCAUACAAAGUAGUAUCCCCGCUCUGUUUGGCAGUGUAGUGAAGUAUCUUAAAAACCGAAGUAUACGAAUAUAAGUGAACUUUUAUAUAGAAAGAAAUCUAAGUACCAAAGCUACCUUCUUACUCUAGAAUCACAUCGCCUAAUUAAGGCAAAAAAGAAAUAAAGUAUAAUUUGUAAAUAAAUCACAUGAGUUUAAAUUUGGAGGAAGUAAACGAAACUCAACAACUCAUGCAAAAUGAAUGUGAAGAACAGAAAAUAUUGUCACAAACUGCUACAUCGCCGGUUACAAGUAAUAAAUUGUCCAGCGGAGCAGCAAGCCUUACGUCCAGAAAUCAUGGUCCUGGUCAAUUGUUCACAAGUACGGGAAAUAACAGUGUAAACGAAUCUAAAUUGUCAUAUGUCAAUGAGCGUAGAUUACAUCGUGAUUAUGUACGUUCUAAUUAUAAUAAUAAACCAAAGCAUAUACCAAAAGAGGCACCUGAUGUUAAGCAUAUGGAAAAAGCAUUACUGGAGCUACUAGAUGAUUUUCACACAGGAAAAUUAAGUGCAUUUGGUUCUGGUUGUAGCAUGGAACAAAUGAUCAAUAUAAGGGAUCAGCAAGAGCAUUUAGCUAGAUUACAUUUUCGUUUGUACGGUGAUGCAGAGAAACCCACUGAAGAUGGCUUUGACAACUCGGAUUCUAAAGACAAAAUGUCCCAAUUGGUACAAAGCUUGGAGCAAUUGUCAGCUUCCAUAGAGCAUUUACAUUCUGAUGCUUCCGCCAAUACCAGCUGUAGUAACAAUAGCUAAAUAUUUCAUAUGUUAACCUUAAUUUAAUUAUAAGAAUAUGGGUAUAAGAUAUAUUCUGUAGUUUGUUAUUCUUGGUGAUCAGUAAAGUAUUAUGCAUGAAUAAAUAUUC